GGCAGCCGUUGAACGAGUCUUGAGUCCAUGUCUGAAUAGUCCUCUCGUCAUCAGAGAGGAUUCAGGAAGUCACAGCGCUGGUUGUGCUACAGUCGGCCCCUUGUCGUCUUCCUUCCCCGAGGCGAAAGUAAUAUCCCUCGCCCGUCCAGUCUCAAGAGUUGUGCAAACAUAAACGUUCCAAUGAGAGCGUGCUCUUGAGAGAGCGAGAGAAAGUGGGUGGUACCUCACUCUCCCCGACACACCAGUCUGCACAGACACCCACAAACAAAUUCCAACACCAACUCGUUUUGCUUGCAUUUCACCCACCAGCUCUGUACCAUUUCUUUUUCUGUGCUUUCGUCUCGCUUCCCUCUCUCCUUUCCCAAAAGCUAGCUCUAGGCGUUGAUUCCAUCGUUCUUCUCCCUACCUUUCCAUCCAUAUAUCAUCCCAUCUAGUAGACAGGGACCUGCAAAAAUUGCAGGAGAACGACGUUUGUACAUAGGAGCCCAUCAGAGGAUUAUUUUGUGGCUCUCAAAGGCCAUCAGCAGCCGAGGAAUGCGAUAUCCAUCGUUGUAAAUGUGCUAGGCGCUGAAAUUUGGAGACACGCAAGGUGUUCGAAUUUUCCAGUCAUUAGCAUUUUAUCGAGUUAAACCUCCUCCUUUUCUGCGGGAGAUCAGGAGGAGUAGCCAUGGUGGUCGAAGCGAGUGCGAACGGUCAUGCAGGUUCAAAACAUGCCGCAUACGUGUCGCAACUUGAGGAGUAUUGUUUCGCGCUGGGGGGGACCAAGCCCAUUCACAGCAUUCUCAUUGCCAACAAUGGAAUGGCGGCUGUCAAGUUCAUACGGAGCAUUCGGAUGUGGGCUUAUGAGGCAUUUGGGGUGGAAAAAGCAGUGACCCUCGUGGCUAUGGCUACGCCUGAAGAUAUGCGUAUCAAUGCGGAGCACAUUCGGAUGGCUGAUCAGUUCAUUGAAGUUCCUGGAGGAACUAACAACAACAAUUAUGCAAAUAUACAGCUCAUUGUUGAGAUUGCUGAACGUACGGGAGUAUCAGCUGUAUGGCCAGGAUGGGGGCACGCAUCCGAAGUUCCGGAACUCCCAGAGCAACUGGCUGCACGUGGAAUUGUGUUCUUGGGACCUCCAGCUGAACCUAUGGCAGCUUUGGGUGACAAGAUUGGGUCUUCUAUCAUCGCCCAAGCUGCGGGUGUUCCGACAAUGGCAUGGAGUGGCUCGAAUGUUUCAAUAGCUUUUGAGAGUUGUUUGGAGCCUAUUCCAGAUGAGGUGUACAGAAAAGCGUGUGUAUAUACGACAGAAGAAGCUUUGGCCAGCUGCCAAAUCAUUGGGUAUCCUGUCAUGAUUAAAGCAUCAUGGGGAGGCGGGGGUAAAGGUAUUCGCAAGGUGAAUUCUGAUGACGAAGUGCGUGCAUUGUUCAAGCAAGUUCAAGGAGAAGUACCAGGAUCCCCCAUUUUUACAAUGAAGGUUGCGUCUCAGAGUAGACAUCUGGAGGUGCAGCUCCUCGCCGAUCAAUUCGGUAACGUUGCGGCUCUACACAGCAGAGAUUGCAGUGUACAGCGUCGUCAUCAAAAGAUUAUUGAAGAAGGUCCUAUUACUGUCGCACCGCCUGAAACAAUCAAGGCAUUGGAACAAGGAGCUUGUAGGCUGGCCAAAUCUGUUAACUAUGUGGGAGCUGCAACGGUUGAAUAUCUCUUCAGUAUGGAAACUGGAGAGUUUUAUUUUCUUGAACUUAAUCCACGUUUGCAGGUCGAACAUCCUGUUACAGAAUGGAUAGCAGAAUUCAAUAUUCCUGCAGCUCAGCUGUGCAUCGGAAUGGGGAUUCCUUUGUGGAGAAUGCCUGAAAUGAGGCGAUUCUAUGGCAAGACCGUUGGUGAAGGUCUUCCUUCCUGGCGUGACAUGGCGACUGUAGAACCUUUUGAUUUUUUCACGACAGAGGCUACGAAGCCCAAAGGUCAUGUUGUGGCUGUGCGCGUUACUAGUGAAGAUCCCGAUGAUGGUUUCAAACCUACCAGUGGUCAAGUGCAGGAACUCAGUUUUCGAAGCAAGCCGAAUGUUUGGGCCUACUUUUCUGUCAAGUCUGGCGGAGGUAUUCAUGAAUUCUCGGACUCACAGUUCGGUCAUGUGUUUGCGUACGGUGAGACUAGACCUAUCGCCAUAGCAAAUAUGGUUCUCGGUCUGAAGGAACUUCACAUCAGAGGAGAAAUACGCACUAAUGUCGAUUACACUGUGGAUCUCCUACAUGAUAAAGAGUACAGAGAAAACAACUUCCAUACAGGAUGGUUGGAUAGUCGCAUAGCCAUGCGUGUCCGAGUUGAGAGACCACCUUGGAAUUUAUCUGUGGUUGGAGGUGCUUUAUAUAGGGGAACUAUGCUGACUGCAUCCCGAGUCUUAGAAUACAUUGGCUACCUUGAGAAAGGCCAGGUGCCACCCAAGCAUAUCUCUCUCGUGAGCUUCCAAGUGACUCUCAACAUUGAAGGCUACAAAUACACGGUUGAUAUGACUAAGGGAGGGCCUGGUAGCUAUCGCCUCGUACUCAAUCAGUCCGAAGUCGAAGCUGAAGUGCACACAUUACGUGAUGGGGGUCUCCUAGUGCAACUGGACGGAAACAGUCACGUCGUUUAUGCUGAAGAAGAGGCAGCAGGUACCCGUCUUCUCAUUGACGGCCGAACCUGCCUGUUACAGAAUGAUCAUGAUCCCUCCCGCUUGAUAGCUGAAACAUCCUGCAAACUUCUUCGAUAUCUAGUGGCUGAUGGUAGCCAUGUGAAUGCCGACGCUCCCUACGCUGAAGUGGAAGUUAUGAAAAUGUGCAUGCCACUAGUGACCCCUGCUUCCGGAACAAUCCACUGCAAGAUGUCAGAGGGUUCUACUAUGGCGCCCGGAGAUCUGAUAGCAGGGCUUGAUUUGGACGAUCCAUCUGCCGUGAAGAAAGCUGUGCCCUUCGAAGGCAGUUUCCCUCCUCUUGGUCCACCAACAGCAGUUGCUGCUAAGGUUCAUCAACGCUGUGCAGUUGCCGAUGGUGCUGCAAGAAUGGUUCUUGCAGGAUACGAGCAUCCGAUUGAAACGGUUGUGCAGACUCUUCUUACUUGCCUGGAUGAUCCAGUGCUUCCGCUUUAUCAGUGGCAGGAAAAGAUGUCCAUUCUGGGCACAAGAUUGCCGAAGAAUUUGAAGAACAAGUUGGAUAUGGAGUUCCGUGAGUAUGAGACAUCUUUCAUUGACAACAAAGUUGUUGAAUUCCCGGCGAAAUCUUUGAAAGCGGCUAUAGAAGCUGCUAUAGCUGAGGUACCAGAGAGUGAUAGAUCGUCUAUCAUACGACUUGUGGAGCCUCUUGUGACUCUCGUUAAAUCUUACGAGGGGGGACGCGAGAGUCAUGCUCGUAGUACCGUGAAGUCGCUUUUUGACGAGUAUUUGAGAGUAGAAAAAUUAUUCAGCACCGACAUGCAGGCAGAUGUGAUAGAAGGACUCAGACAAACUUACAAGAAAGAUCUUCCGAAAGUUGUGGACAUUGUUCUCUCUCAUCAGGGCGUGAGCAGGAAGAAUGUCCUCAUCUCCAGAUUGAUGGGCGCGCUCGUGUAUCCUAAUCCAGCUGCCUACAGAGAGCAAUUAAUUUGCUUCGCAGAACUGAGCCACCCUUCUCAAUCUGAGCUGGCUUUGAGAUCAAGUCAAUUGCUGGAACAAACCAAAUUGAGUGACUUGAGAGCAAAUAUCGCAAGAAGCUUGUCCGAGCUGGAAAUGUUUACAGAAGAAGGUGGAGACGGUACCCAAGUUCCUGGUCGUCGACGAAGUGCCGUUGAAGAAAGGAUGGAGGACCUUGUAGAUGCUCCCUUGGCAGUGGAAGAUGCGCUGGUGGCCUUGUUUGACCACAGUGAUCACACUUUGCAGCGUCGUGUAGUUGAGACUUACAUUCGACGAUUAUACCAGCCUUACCUAGUCAAGGGGUCUAUUCGAAUGCAAUGGCACCGUUCGGGACUCAUCGCUUCGUGGCAAUUCAUGGAAGAGAAUCCUCAACAAGCGAAUGAAAAGAUGAGCACCUUAGCUCCGCUAGAGGAAGAAAGGCAAGGUAUCAGGCGAUGGGGAACCAUGGCUAUUCUUACCUCCCUUCACUACCUGGCAAAUGCCGUUGGGGCAGCUUUGAAGGAAACUGGGGAAGCUCCAAAGGAUGCAGUUAAUGGGUCUUCGAGGGAGUUUGGGAACAUCAUCCAUGUGGCCCUCGUGGGUAUCAAGAAUCAGAUGAGUAAUCUUCAAGACAGUGGUGAUGAAGACCAAGCUCAGGAACGUGUGGAUAAAAUAGCGAAGAGCCUGAAAAGUGAGAGUUUGGGGUCGAUGCUCACAGCAGCAGGAGUUGGAAUAGUUAGCUGCAUCAUCCAAAGAGACGAAGGUCGUUCUCCAACUCGUCACUGCUUCCAUUGGGCUCCGGAUCAACGAUUUUAUGAGGAAGAGCCUCUAUCGCGGCAUGUAGAGCCACCGUUGUCGAACCUUCUGGAACUGAAUAAGCUCAAAGGAUUCGCAUCGAUGCGGUACGCUCCUUCUCGGGAUCGACAAUGGCACAUCUACUACGUCACAGACAAACCAAGCAAUGUGAAACGCACCUUCUUGCGAACUCUGGUCAGACAGGUGAAACCGUCUGACAACGCCGGGGUUGUGGAUGUCGCUCAUGCUACGAAAAACGUGGAGGGAUCAAUCCAGAGGAUUUUGGAGGAGCUGGAACUCAUUGUUCAUGAUUCAAACAACAAAGCAGAUCAUCUCCACAUGUAUCUGAGCCUCCUACGACCUGUCGAAAUAGGUGGAGCUGACACCUCUGGUGAUGACGAGGAUAUAGAACAGGUUGACGUAGUGGAAAAAUUGAAAGGGCUUGUACACGACAUCUACAAGAAGCUGGGUGCUCGGAUGCAUCGUCUGGCAGUUUGGCAGUGGGAGAUCCGCCUUCGCCUUACGCAUGCAGGAUGUGCGAUUGGAGCAUGGCGUAUUGUCGCUCAGAAUCCAACCGGCCAUACCUGCACGGUCCAGGUCUAUAAAGAGGUGAAGAAUGCUGUCCUUGGUGUGGUGGUUUAUCACUCACCCCUGCCAGCGUCGUAUGGUCCUCUUCAUGGAAAGCCAAUAGCAACACAACACAAGCCGUUGGAUGCCGUGGAACGGAGAAGACUAACCGCCAGAAGAAACAACACAACAUACUGCUACGACUUCCCCCUGAUUUUUGAGAAGGCGUUAGAGCUAGCAUGGUUGGGUUCCAACUCGACGAAGAUGGGAGGAUCUCCAAUAUUUAAGGCCACGGAAUUGAUUUUCGUGGACAAAAAGAACUACUGGAAUUCCUCCCUCGUCGAGGUGACAAGACCUGUUGCGAGCAACGAUGUCGGGAUGGUGGCAUGGUCGAUACGUAUGCGCACACCAGAGUUUCCAGAGGGGAGAGCCGUGUUUGUGGUUUCAAAUGAUGUGACAUACAACGUGGGUUCCUUCGGGCAGAAAGAAGAUGCUUUUUUUAAGGCAGUCACAGAUUUAGCCGUUCAAACCAAGUUGCCUCUCAUCUACUUGGCUGCAAAUUCAGGUGCCAGAAUUGGUGUGUCUGAUGAGGUUCGGUCUUCAUUCAGAGUUGGUUGGUCGGACGAGUCAUCUCCAGAUCGCGGCUUCCAAUAUCUCUACUUGACUCCGGAAGAUUACCAACUCAUUAGUACAUCUGUCGUCUCUCACGAGAUACAGUUACCCUCUGGAGAGGUGAGGUGGGUGAUCGAUGACAUCAUCGGUAAGGAAGACGGGCUUGGAGUGGAAAAUUUAUCGGGAAGUGGAGCCAUCGCCGGUGCCUAUUCCCGAGCUUACCAGGAAACGUUCACCCUGACCUACGUUUCUGGAAGAACAGUCGGUAUAGGGGCGUACUUGGCUAGGCUUGGUAUGCGGUGCAUUCAACGAUCCGAUCAGCCAAUCAUUCUGACUGGAUUUCCUGCUUUGAACAAGCUGUUGGGCCGCGAGGUUUACAGUUCUCACAUGCAACUUGGUGGUCCAAAGGUUAUGGCCGUGAAUGGAGUCACCCACCUUACGGUCGCUGAUGAUUUGGAGGGUGUGUCUUCAAUUUUGAACUGGUUGAGCUAUGUCCCAGCAGUUAAGGGUGGUCCUCUUCCUUUCUUGCACGCCACUGAUCCUCCACAAAGACUUGUUGAGUACACUCCAGAAACCUCUUGUGACCCCAGAGCCGCGAUCAGGGGUAUCGAAGUUGAUGGAAAGUGGCUGGGAGGAAUAUUUGACAAGGGCAGCUUCGUGGAAACACUCGAGGGAUGGGCGCAAACAGUUGUAACUGGACGAGGCAGACUUGGUGGGAUUCCUGUUGGAAUUGUCGCUGUUGAGACUCAGACAGUAAUGCAAACCAUUCCAGCUGACCCAGGUCAGCCAGAUUCCCAUGAAAGAGUGGUGCCUCAAGCAGGUCAAGUGUGGUUCCCCGAUUCAGCUGCAAAAACGGCCCAAGCGCUCUUGGACUUCAACAAAGAGGGACUUCCCCUCUUCAUCCUGGCCAACUGGAGAGGUUUCUCGGGGGGACAAAGGGAUCUGUUUGAGGGUAUUUUGCAGGCGGGUUCGAUGAUAGUCGAGCACCUUCGUACAUACAAGCAGCCCGUAUUCGUCUUCAUCCCGAAGACCGGAGAACUUAGAGGAGGGGCUUGGGUUGUCGUGGAUAGUAAAAUCAACGUUGAUCAAGUGGAAAUGUAUGCGGAGAGAACCGCGAAAGGUGGUGUCUUGGAACCGGAGGGUCUAAUUGAGAUCAAGUUCCGAGAGCGAGAGAUCAAGGAGGUUAUCAAUAGAUUAGACAGCCAGGUUAUAGGGCUGAAACAAAAGAUGCAGGCUGCAGAUGCACAAACCGCACUCGCGAUCACGAAGCAAAUAACGGCUCGGGAGAAUAAACUUCUCCCACUGUACAAGCAGAUAGCAAUCAGAUUUGCUGAGCUCCAUGAUACUGCCAACAGGAUGGCGGCGAAAGGAGUCAUCAAGAAACCUGUAGAAUGGGCCCAAUCUCGUUACUUCUUCCACAGAAGGCUGAAGCGCAGACUGGUUGAAGAGGCCUUGGUUCGACAGGUGCAAGAUGCCGCUGGAGACACAUUGUCUCACGCAGAUGCUCUGGCACUGAUCAAGAAAUGGUAUUUAGAAGCUCAGGAACCCAAGUUUGACUACGUGGCUAAUGACGCUGUUAGUGAUGCUUGGGAUGACAACCGAGCUUUUGUGGCUUGGGGGAAUCAACCAUGUGUGAUGGAAGAGCAUUUGCAAGGAAUGAGGAAAGAGCGCGUCUCCAAAGAGCUCUACGCCAUGGCAGGGACAUCUUCUGGCAAUCUCAAGGCAUUACCCGAAGCCCUACGAGCUAUGCUACAACAGGUUGAUGAAGGAAGUAGAAACCAAGCUGUCCAAGAACUCAAGACUAUACUCGAAUCCUUCAAAUGAUAAAGCAGUUGUUAAAUAUGUGCAUUCUACCUCAUUCUACUUUUAAUUUUCGAAAUUAUUAGUCAUAAAGGUCAUGCAGCUUCGAUAUACCAUUCGUUGUAUACAUCAGGGUGAAUCAACUCUGUAUGGUAUAGUUUUUGAUGAAGCUGUUAGCUUUUAAUGUAAGUCUAACUCACAUCGGUAGUACUUACACGAGUUCUGCCGACCGAGAUUGAAAGCAGUAGAUGUGCUUUCCGAGGGUUUGGCCUUGUGCCACAUUAGUAUCGAAAGAGUCUUCAUAGAGUACUCUUCGUUGACGAGCAACUUGAUGCCAAAGCUUUUGAUGAGCCUGUCGAGCAUAUGCUAGACUCCGCUCUUUCUUUGUAACUACCAAUUCUUUGAAAUUCAUCAUUGUCGCAGAGCUGGAAUUCACGAGCAUCUUCAGUGUCGAUUCUUGUAAGUUAUCUGAAAUCUCGUGUUGAAAAGCAU